CCCUUCAUUUCCUCCUCCUCCGUCGGUUCUUCGUCGGAUAGAUCUGUACGCUUCCAUUAUCCCCCCAGUUUCAGAAAUUCGCGCGCCAUUUCCUUAGCUUGAUCAAACCCUAGUUCUUCUCAGGUUUCUCGAUAUCUCGUAGGAAAUGGAGGGAGUUGGAGGUGACACUGCUUCUAUGGCAUCACCUGUGCAACAGCAGGCACAUGAGGCAUGGAGGCUGUAUCAGUAUUACCUAGACAAAACUACUCCUUAUGCGAUGUAUAGGUGGAUCGGGACUCUUGUGAUAGCGGCGAUAUACUGUUUGAGGGUGUACUAUGUUCAAGGGUUCUACAUUAUUUCCUAUGCCCUGGGAAUCUAUAUUUUGAACCUGCUGAUCGGAUUCUUGUCUCCACUGGUUGAUCCCGAGCUUGAGGCUUCGGAUGGUCCCAUGCUACCCACAAAAGGUUCGGAUGAGUUCAAGCCCUUUAUCCGCCGGCUUCCAGAGUUCAAGUUCUGGUACUCCAUGACAAAGGCAUUCAGCAUAGCAUUUGCCAUGACAUUCUUCUCCUUCUUCGACGUCCCCGUCUUCUGGCCUAUUCUACUCUGCUACUGGAUCGUUCUCUUCGUCCUGACAAUGAGGCGCCAAAUCACACACAUGAUCAAGUACAAAUACAUCCCAUUCAGCUUAGGAAAACAAAAAUAUGGAGGCAAGAGCUCCUCCUCUACGAGCGGUGGCCGUUCAGAUUGAAGAAUAUUAUUCUACAAAGUUCGAGGAAUAUAUAAACACAUACACUUGUGAUGAUUCUUUUCGAUAUCUGUUAGCCUAUGCAUUUGGGUCGUCCUGGGACUGGGAGAGAAAUUAUAUUAGAAUAGAACUCUCCAGCCUCGACGAAAAAUGUCUCAGAGAUGCGCGUGUGACGUGAUUCGAUUUGUUUUUCAUCAUAUGCAAAGCAAUUUCCUUUUUACAUC